CCGCCGGACCCGUCGCUGCUGCCCUUCCUGGUGUGCCCGCUCUCCAAGCGGCCGCUGAGGUACGAAGAAGCUACGAACGAGCUCAUUAACGAGGAGCUGGGCAUCGCAUACCCCAUCAUCGAUGGCAUCCCGAACAUGAUCCCAGAGGCUGCCAGGACGACUCAGAAGAAGCCCCCAGCUGAGGGCUCGGAGCAGCCCUGA